AUGGCUUCUAAACUUUACAAAGAUGCCUCCAAUGGUGAUGAGGCAACAACAAAGCCUGUUCACUUCUUCAAGAUCCUGCUCCCGAGCACCAUUUUAGAUGGAAAAAUUAUGAUUCCUAGAAAGUUUGUAAGGGAAUAUGGAGAACGCUUGUCCAACAAAGUUGUUCUUAAGCUUCCAAAUGGCACAGAAUGGGAGGUAUAUUUGGAGAAACAUGAUGGAAGAAUUUGGUUACAAAAUGGUUGGAAAGAGUUUGUGGAGUAUCACUCUCUACGGUUUGGGGAUCUAUUGGUUUUUAGAUUUGAUGGAACAUCUCAUUUUAAUGUGUUCAUAUGUGAUAUGAGUGCCACGGAAAUAGACUACCCCUUCAAGAAUAAAUAUGGUAAAAGGGCCAACACUAGUGAUGAGGAACUUCUUCCUCGUAAAACCAAGAGAACAAAUGCAAACAACAAAGAUGGGGGUAAGUUGAAGAAUCCAAGGGAAGGAAAGAUGUCCAAUGACUUGCUUUCUAAAACUAAACCAUCGGGUUUUGGAAAAUUUGAAACUACAGAAGUUGCGAAAAAUACUUCCUUCACGGUUAUGAUAAAACCAAACAGAGGAUCAUGUUGCAUGUGGUUACCGAGGGGCUCCUUAAAGGAUUAUAUCAAACCUGGCAAGCAAACUGUUACAUUGUUGGUUGGAGAAAGAUCUUCAAAGGUUAGGUUGAUCUAUUACGAAAAACAUUCUACCGGUUGCCUUACAGCAGGUUGGACAAGAUUUGCAAGGGAAUCUGAUUUGGAAGUAGGGGAUGCAUGUUCCUUUGAAUUACUAGCUAACCAUUCUGAAGACAUAGUCAUGAAGGUUUCCAUUUUUAAGCACUCCACUACUGAGCCAUAA